AUGCCCAGGGGUGAAAGGGGUGGUAAGAAAACAAAGAAGUCCAAGGAAUUGGCUGAGGCUACCAUCAGAGGUGAACACGUUCCAAAGUCAGCACCGUCGUCUUCAUCGGGUUUGGAAAGGUUGCGUAGGGUAUCAGAAAGGGAUGCCAGUAAAGCUCUUAAUUUGAACGAACCAAAGGCAGCACCUGAUUCUGUUGUACCGGUUGUGACAUCCGAGACUCGUAGUUUGCCCAAAAGUGUUGUGACGUCAGAAAUCCGUAGCGUACCCGCGAGGGCUGUACCCAAAGCUGUUGUGGCCCCGGUUACGCCCCCAAAAGUUGCUGGAACACCAUCUGAGUUUGUAGAGGUCGCAGUGGAGCCUGAGUUUCCAGACUUUGAACCAAGGGAUAAGCCAAGGUUGUCGGAAGCAGUUCCUGAGAAAUUGGGAAAACCGGUGGUGAACCCCCCAAAGCCGGUCGCUCCAUUUGUAGCUUCAUCCGUUGUUCCUGGAAUCCCCCAAGCUUCAAGCGUGGUUGCGAGUUCAUCUAGUCAAGGGUUCAGGGUCCCGCCCAAGAAAAGGCCGGCGGAGCCACCUUUUGAAUCUAGUGCUAGCAUGCCAAAGUCUGUUGUGAGGGAGAUCCCAAAACCACCUGCGUCGGCACCUUCAUCGGUUGCAAAGACCAUUGGUGUGGCACCGGCAAUUCAAGAAUAUCGCGUGUCCAUUGAUUUCAACAAAGUGCUUAACGUUCAACAAGCUGGGGACGCUGAAUUCAGGGACGGUAUCCAUCCUGUCAACUGGAUUGAGCAAGGGAGGUUUUCGGCGACGCUUCAGACGCGGACGUUCGAGAGCUGCUGGCAUGUUCACGGUCCGGAUCCUAGCAUUGUCGGCAACUUGGCAGCACAAGCCGCAUCAUCGGAGAUGAGAGCGGAAGCAGCUAGUGCCGUGGCUGGGGUUAGAAUGGAGGCCGCACAAGCGGUGGUUGAUGCGCGUUUGAGCGCAGAAGUGUCUCGGAGGGAGGCUGUGGAGGCCGUUGCCCAAGCACAGAUGAACGCCGAAUCCACUCGGAUUGGUGCCGAUUCACCUUCGGCCCUCAAACAUUGGUAUGACAAAGUUGUGUACAUCCUGAGUCAACUACCGUUGAAUCAACGUCCAACGGAAGAACUCAUGAGUCAAUGGAUCUACACCACUCUCAAGAAGCAUCCAUUGUUGCGCCGUGUCAUAGAUAAGUAUCAUGAUUCUGCACUGGGCUCAUAUCACCGCUCAUUUGAUGCCAUUUGGAAAGGAGUUGAAAAAGCUUUGUUGGAGGCUCAAUAUGGUGCCAAUGCUCAGUCGGUUAGAGACGACUUGAAACGGGGACCACAGGGUAAGAGAACUGCAAUGCCAGGCACCAAAGGUGAUGGCAAAACUAAGGACACGAAAACCAACCCAAACAAGACAGGUAAAGGUUCUACAGGUGGAACUGGGAAAGGUUCAGGCAACCAGGGUGCACAAGCCAAGCCCAAGGAAAAGCCAGGACCUUCGACUAAAGGGGGACCCACAGACCAGGGCAAAGGUAAAACCAGGCCCCUCACACCCGAUGAGAAGGCCAAAUCGCCAUGCAUAUACUUCAUGAAGAAUCGUUGCAUGCGAGGAAACCAAUGCCCAUAUAGUCAUGCUGUGUCAACUACCCCACAACCCAAACCUAAGGCCUCAUCAGGACCUGGGUUAGUUGCAAAAGCGGCCGCAGUGGCAAUCUUGGCCACGCCAACUGCAGCCACAGCACUGUCGUCCACGCCGGCGCAGUACCUCGAGUUGGUUGGAAACACUGGUGCAGGAGAGGACCUUGCAUCCGUGGAGGCACUCAGACGGCAGGGGUUGGAUGUCGACCAGUUCGUCACGCAGACGAGCAACCCGGACGUGUUCGAGGACGCUGCUGACCCUGUGUCUAGCGCGGGCAGCAGAGGAAAGGAACAUGUCAACCCUGUGCCUGGCGCGGGUGGCAUGAGUGAAAAAGUGGAGCACGGUAAUCCUAGAGAAGACGACCAAGGGAAAAUCAAGGUGGUCUCUGACCGCGCGCCCGAGAUCAAAAGUGCCUUGAGGAAUCUUGGAUUCGCGAGCGAGCCGGCGGCGCCGUAUCAAAAGAUUAAGAAUGCGUUGGCUGAAUCAACCAUUAGGACAAUCACGGGCAUGACAUCCUCCAUUUUGAUCCAUUCAGGAAUUGAACUUCAAUACUGGCCACUUGCUCAGAAGUAUUUGGAAUGGGCUUACAACAUCACCGCACCAGCCAGAGGGAUUGAAACGGAUUCAGAAGAAAACUUGUCCCGGUAUGAGAAAGCCAUGGGAUACUCAAUCGAUUGUUUCAUGGUACCCUUUGGUGCAUUGGUGUGGUACAAAGAUCCUGACCCAUACUCAUAUGGUCCCAAAGGAGAACCUGCUUUGUUUUUGGGAGCGGAAUUGACCGAUGGGAUGUUGUUCAAGGGAUGCUAUAGAGUUUGGCCCCUUGAGCAAUUCCAGAGUGGGGUUUUCAAGGAACACGUUUCACGAACUAUCGCUAUCCCCAAUGGCCAAUGGAAAUUUGCAGCUUUGACACCACAAUCAGUCCCGGCGUUGGAUCCAAUUGCAGAUCAGGAACUUGACGUAUUGGAUGGGGGUAAUUCUGAAGGAUACUCUCCGUCCAUUGCAUCACAUGACCUCAACGACAAAGAUUGCAAAGAGUUUUGGGACUCAGUCGGGAGGGACGACCCAGCGCCUGGCGCGGGAGGCCCGACCGAAGAGAGCAGGUUCAAUAAACUCUUGGACGAGGUCGAGCCGCCUAGGGCCAGGGGAAAAGAUGCAGAAGAGGAAGUUCCCAAGGCCGUUGAGACCACGGCGGCCGAGGAGGAUUUCUUCGGCCUGUCAACCCCUGUCACUGGCAAAGAGCUCUCAGCGAUGGAACUGGAGGAGCUUUUCAGUCAUCCCCAAGGCAAAGACAAAAUUAAAGAGGAGGCUGAUGAAAUGAGGCUUCUUCAGGUUUGGGACGAUGAUGACGUGCAUGAAGUUGAGGAGUUGCGAUCCCAGGCCCGCAAAGAAGGAUGGAAGGUGCACAUAGCAGAAGCCAUGCCUAUAGGAUCGAUAAAGAAUUCCGAAUCAAAGGAUAAGGCAAAACUGAAAGUCAGACUUGUGUUCAGAGGCGACGGCGCAAGAGACGAAAACAACCAGUUGGCUUUGUUUCGGGAGUUGAAGUCGAUACCGGCGACCAUAGCUACUAUAAACUUGGUGCUUUGGUAUGGUUUGAGGGUCAACAACAUAGUUCAGAUUGCUGAUGCACGAAAGGCAUACCUUCAGGCGCCGAUUCGAUCAGAGACUCCAACGUAUGUAAUCCUUCCUAGAGAGGCAUGGCAACCUUCAUGGCAUCGCAAAAAGAAGGGCUGCGGCAAGGCUGUUGAAAGCCAUGUACGGACAUCCCACAUCUGGGGACGAUUGGACCCAGUACUUGGACGAAAUUGUAGUCAUCCGACUUCAAGGUGA